CGGCGGCGGCGCGGAAGAGGAAGAAGGACCCGGAGCGAGCGGAUCCGGACCCCGGCCCCGUCGGUCGACCCCGGCCCCGUCGGACCCCGGCCCGCCCCGCCCCGCCCCGCUCCCGGUUCCGGCCCGAGCGCGCCCCCACCGCCGCCGCCAUGGCGAUGCAAGCAGCCAAACGUGCGAACAUCCGGCUCCCGCCCGAGGUGAACCGCAUCCUCUACAUCCGCAACCUGCCCUACAAGAUCACGGCCGAGGAGAUGUACGACAUCUUCGGCAAGUACGGGCCUAUCCGGCAGAUCCGAGUGGGGAACACCCCGGAAACCCGCGGCACGGCCUACGUGGUCUACGAGGACAUCUUCGACGCCAAGAACGCCUGCGACCACCUGUCGGGCUUCAACGUGUGCAACCGCUACCUCGUGGUGCUCUACUACAACGCCAACCGGGCUUUCCAGAAGAUGGACACCAAGAAGAAGGAGGAGCAGCUGAAGCUGUUGAAAGAGAAAUACGGCAUCAACACAGACCCACCCAAGUGAGGCCCUGGGCCUGCCUCGGCUUGGCCCCCUUGGGAGCCCUGGACUGACCUCUUCCCCUGGGCUGCUUCACCUUGAACUUGACCCCUGACCCGCCCAGUGGUCCUGGGCCAGAUCUGGGCUCCCUUUAGGACACAGGUAGAAUCUGGCGUCCUGUGACUGUACCCCAAAGGGCCCUUGUCAUGGGGGGCUCUGCCCAGUCUCCCCGAGGCGCUCUCUGUGCCCGAUGCUCAGGGUGAGUCACCCUCUGCAGAAGGAGGGUUAGCAAAUAAAGGCUCUGGGCCUA